AUUAUAUAUACACACAAAUUUUUAGUCAUGCAUCUUGCUUGAUCAAAACAAUAAUACAAAUAAUAAUUUUAAUAAUUUCAUCAAGGCAAAAAAAGAAUAAGCACAAAUAUAAUGGUUUCUUCAUCCAAACUACUGCUUUAUUAUCUUUCACUUUCAGCGUUUCUUGUGAUUUCUAAUCACGCGGGGACUUCCAAGGCGGAGUACUCUGACGACGGCGAGGGGGGUGAUUCAAAUUCAGGUAUGGAAUACUAUUUCCCAUCACCGCCGCCGCCGCCGAGCAUGGAAGAGAGGCGCCGAUGCGAAGACGUGAGGUGUCGUUUUCCGUCGUGUUUGGAUUACCUGAGUGGGGCGGAGGACUCGCCGUCGCUGACGUGUUGCACAAACCUCGAAGCUCUGAACUGCAUCGCGAGAGAGGAAGGUCCACGUAGGAUUUGUGAGUGCAUCGAAGACUUGCGUCCCUCUCUCCUUGAAUCUCGGAUUCGCGGGAUCUACAAGGAGUGCGGUAUUCACCUCAGUUUCCCCAUUUCUCAACAUAUGGACUGUUCGAGUGUUUAGGGGAUUUGGAGCUUCUCAAAGUUUGAAAAUUCGAUCUCAGCUCUUAGCUUGCCACAUAUAAACCUUGCCUAUAUUUAAUACUAGUACUAAUAUUUUUGUUUUUGUUUUGAACACAUGAUGCGCUACGCAUGUUGUAAGAUGGUGUACAUUCGAUCAGUAUCUUUGAUUUCUUCAUUACUACAUUAUUUACAAAAGUAAAUUAAUUAAUGAAUGAAAAAUCAAAAUAAAAUUAAUGGGUCGAUGAAAUAUCAAAAAUAAA